AUGCCCGAUGCAGACCCUCAACAGCUCACCAGUGAUAGCGACACUAACCCCAGCCGUACACUACUCUGGGAGCCCAAUGACCAGAUACUAGCACAACUAGAGCAAUGGAAGCGCGAAGGCAAAGUCCGAGAUGGCACAUGGAUUACAGACCAUGGUUCAACUUCUGUGUGUCAACGAGUACCACUACCAGUGCGGACUUCAGAGGCCACGGAGAACGAGGUAGCAGGAGUUGUGGUGGGCAAUAUGUCGAAUUCGUCAAGUGAAGAGCGAAGAGCCAGUGGUAACAAAGGCAAGCAAAACAUCGGAGCCGAGCAGGCGGAUUCUGUGCCUCGUCUCUCUCGAGGCUGGAACGUUGAUAUGAAACAGUAUGCUCGAAAUCGUCGCACAAACCCACCUGCAGAAAAGACGGCUAGGCGGUCGGAUGCGCAGAGUAGCGACGACGAAACAGAUGGCGAAUACGAAAGAAUGGUAACUGAUCUCGAGCUGAGAAGACGCCAAGCCAUCCAGGAUGCUCCGAUUCAAACUCUUGUCAUUCAUCAUACGGUGUCCCCACCCGCUGCAGUAACCCCCAAUGCCACCACGGAAUGUCAACAACUAUCUUCGGCAGUCAAGCUUCUCCGUGAUUACGAAAGCACAAUAAAGUCGCAAGCAGAACGCAUUGAUACUCUUCAAGGCUGUAUCAAUGAGCUGGAGGUCAACUUGGAAGAGCUGCAUAAGACAAUCAACGAACUUCACGAUCUGGUCUACAAGGCAGGAGAGCUACGCGUUGCAUUCGAUGCUAGCACGUAG